ACAUCAGCUUUUGUCAUUUUUCAGUAUUUUUAUUUUUUAUCAUAUAGGUCUAAGUUUUGAAUAUUCGUGUAGACGGACCAGAGUCCACGAAUAUCCUAUAAAUUCCAAAAAACAAAAAUCAAUAAGACUAAUACUUAUAAAAUAAUUUAAUUACAUACAUAUUUGUUAAAAAUUUUUUUGUUAAACUUCAACUACUAAAAGCAACUAAAAUAUUAUUACAAACCAUGGCAGAGAGACACACCUUUGGUGAUUCACUAGCACCGAUAACAUGCCAUGCUUGGAAUAGAGACAAAACACAAAUUGCUCUUUCUCCUAACAAUCAUGAAAUUCAUAUUUACCGUCGUGAUGGGAAUGAUUGGAAAUUGAUUGACGUUUUAAAUCAACAUGAUUUACGAGUUAUGGGUAUCGAUUGGGGCCAUAAUACCAACCGCAUUGUAACUUGUGCUUCUGAUCGCAAUGCCUAUGUUUGGACGCAAUCCGAAGAUGGCAAAUGGAAACCUACCCUUGUAUUACUUCGAAUCAAUCGGGCAGCAACCUGUGUAAAAUGGUCCCCCCUAGAAAAUAAAUUUGCUGUUGGUUCAGGGGCUCGUUUAAUUUCAGUUUGCUACUUUGAAUCAGAGAAUGAUUGGUGGGUUUCAAAACAUAUUAAAAAACCAAUACGGUCAACUAUAACAUCUUUGGAUUGGCAUCCAAACAACGUUUUAUUAUGUGCUGGAUCUACCGAUUAUAAGGUUCGAAUUUUUUCAGCUUAUAUUAAAGAUAUCGAAGAUCAGCCAUCACCUACACCAUGGGGAAACCGUAUGCCUCUUGGUCAGUUAAUGGCUGAAUUUCGAAAUACCUCUUCCGGUGGAGGAUGGAUACACAGUGUAAGUUUUUCUAGUGAUGGAAACCGAGUAUGUUGGGUAGGUCACGAUUCUGCUAUUAACAUUGGUGAUGCCAAUAAUGGAAACAAAGUGGUUACUAUAAAAACAGAAUUUCUACCAUUUUUAGCUUGUGAAUGGAUUUCGCCAAACAAUAUAAUAGUUGCGGGACAUAGUUGCAUACCAUUAAUAUAUACUUUUGAUGGGCAGAAACUUUCCCUGGCAGCUAAAUUAGAUCAUACACAGAAAAAAGAUUCAACUGGAAUGUCGGCAAUGAAAAUUUUUCAGUCUUUGGAUCGAAAUUUAAAAACCGACAAUUCGGACAACUUUUUAGAAUCCAUUCAUCAGAACGCAAUUACAAGUAUUCGUCUUUUUAAAGGAGAUAAGAACAAUUGCUCAAAAGUUAGCACGUCGGGUGUUGAUGGACAAAUGGUUAUUUGGGACUUGUCUUCAAAUUUAUCGAAGUCUAUGCAGGGACUUAGAUUGUAAAGUUCUCUUUUUUAAAAACAAAGAUUUGUACUAAUCUAAAGUCAAUGUUUCGUCUAUUAAUAAAAGUUUUUUAGAUGUCAGGUAUUA